AUGAAGUAUUGGGACGAGCCCGUCACCAACACGCUCCAGGGGCGACCCCUUCUGGCGGCGCUGACUGUCUGCUGCGCCAUCGGCUUCCUGCUAUUCGGAUACGACCAGGGAGUCAUGGGCGGAUUGAUUGGAGGAGCAGACUUCCUCGACACAUUCCCUGCUCUCGCCAACAACUCGACCCUCCUCGGUGCAACAGUCGCCAUCUACGAGAUCGGCGCGCUUGUCGGGUCAAUUUUCGCGUCCGUCUAUGGCGAGCGCCUUGGUCGACGAAGGGCCAUGAUCCUCGGCUGUGUAUUUGCCCUCACCGGAGGAGCGAUCCAAGGCGGCUCCGACGGCCCCAACGCCCUCGCCAUCCUCAUCUUCUUCCGCGUCUGGACCGGUCUCGGCAUCGGCAUCCUCACCUCGCUCCUGCCCGCCUUCCACGCCGAGUGCUCGCCCGCCAAGUACCGCGGCUCGAUCGUCUUGCUCGAUCUCGUCGCCUGCGCCUGCGGUCUGACGCUGAGUUUCUGGUUGUCGUUUGCGACGAGCUACAUCGGCGGCGGCGCACAGUGGCGCUUCCCGCUCAGCUUCCAGGCUGUCUUCCCGCUCAUCGUCCUCAUCGUUGUCGCCUUCUUGCCGGACUCGCCUCGCUGGCUCGCCCAACAAGGCCGCACGGACGAAGCGCGCGCCGUUCUCGUGCGCUACAAUGGUCCGGAAGAAGCCGCCGCCGUCUACGCCGAGAUCGAGACGGCCAUCGCUAUCGAGCGCGAGGCGGGCGUGACUCGCUGGAGCGACGCGUUCCGCCCGGGCCCGCAGGCGCUCAGGUAUAGGACUUUUUUGGGCAUGGGUGCGCUGUUUGCGCAGCAGUGCACGGGCGUGAACGUUAUCUCGUACUACUCGACCGAGAUCUUCACCAAGUCUGUCGGCCUCUCGCGCAAUCUGAGUCUCAUCCUCAGCGGUGUCAACGGCAUCAACUCGCUCUGCUUCGUCAUCCUCGGCACCUUCCUCAUCGACCGCGUCGGUCGCGUCCGUCUCAUGUGGACAACCGCGGCCCUGCAAGCCGUCAUCUUCGCCAUCAUGGCCGGCGUCCUAGCCAACGGCAGCCCUUCGUACGGCGAGGGCGUCACGGGCGCGUGCAUGUUGUUCUUCUUCUUUGCGUCGUUUAGUGUGGGUUGGUUGGGACCGAGUUGGCUCUACCCCUCGGAGGUCACCCCGCUCGCAACCCGUGCCAUCGCCGCGUCUCUCUCGAGCGCUAGCAACUGGAUCUGGAAUUUUGUCGUCGUCACAAUCUCGCCUCCGGCUCUUGAUGGCAUCAAGGGCAAGUACUACAUCGUCUUUGCCGUCCUCAACGCCCUCCUCGUCCCGAUGCUGUACUUCUUGUACCCCGAGACGGCUCGUCUCUCGCUGGAAGAGAUUGACGCCCUCUUCGCAGACGGGAACGUCCAGAUGCGCCGGUCUCCUCGGGCGCCAGUCGAAGGGUUCGUCGCGCCCGUCGCCAAGCACAUCGUCGACAGCGACAAGGUUGUGCGUGGAGAGGAGGAGCAGAUCGAGAAGGUUUAG